UAUGCGCAAUUUAAACAACUUCUGUAGUGUAAAGUAAAAACAUAGCUUAACUUGGACCUAAUCGAUACUAGGUUUAUUAAAAACGAACGUGUAGUGAAUAUGUGUGCCGCAAGGAAUAACGCUAUUGAACCGUUAACUACUUCGCUUAAUACAACCCUCGCAGUAGAAGAAAUUAUAGCAGAUGCUAUAAAGAAGUUUCGAUCGGACAAUUUUAGGUCUGAAGAAUCUCAAUUGUCGCCAAAAUACGCCCUGCCCCAGUUUUGUGGUGAAAGACUUCACCAUUUGACUGGAACAGAUGUUUUCAAAUCGUCAACGGGUCAUCUAGUAACAGAAGAAAGUACUUCGGGCCUCAGCAUUUCAAAUAAAACAUCGACAGCCAUUUCGGAGAACCCUUCAUUGAUUUCGUCAGCAUCAAUUGAGGACAAAUUGGAAAUUGUCAACGGGAGAAAACUGAAUCGAAAAGUUAUUGGUAACUUAGAUAGCGCUCACAAUUUAACUCACUCAAACUAUUUCGGCGAACCAUAUCAUUUACCAGUACAACUCAAUUCAACGGAGAUAUUUCAUUCUGUGCAAAAGAUAUCUUUUGUUGACGGCGACGUGCAACAGAAAGAAUACUGUUCCAACCACGCUUUACGAACAUUUCCUGCAAGGCUGAAAGCGAAGGCCUACGUUUCGGGGGCAUCAAAGAACAAAAAAGAUAAGGACAAACACAGCGUGAAGGCGCAGCUUCCGGCUUACAACAUAGACCUACCAUAUUUCCUCGGCAACAUCGUCCCAGGCCUCGCGACACAAUUUAACCUUGCUAUCAAUCCUAGUUUGGACGCUAAGCCAGAUACUGUUAGGUCGUUUCUGAACAGGCAACCAAUUGAGCUGUGUACGGUCACCUUGCAGGACCAAAAUGAACGUGAACUGCAGAUCACAAUUACUGCCCCUUUACAUGCACGAGGAGAGGUCAGAGUUGAGCUAGAGUUUUGCUCCGGAUUAAUAUUAAAAAUGACUGCCUUAUGCAUACUUCCUCUUCUGAAACUUCCUGAUCUAAUUGUGGCUCCCCCGGGAAUUCCAAGCGAAAUAAGGAUUAAGUCCUUGGUUCCGUUCACACAACCGGUGAGAUUACAGCUGCAUUCAUCUAUAAUGGCAUCGAAAUAUGCAACUCUGAUGCCGCACUGCGAUUAUCUAACGUUAACGAUAACGCCCAACGAAGGUGACUCUACUUUCAAACUUGGCAUACUGAACGAAGCUAAUAAAGUGAUCUCAUUAAAAACGCGUAUCGAGACUCGCUUUCCUCAGAUCUCUCUUCGUUAUGAAGAAGCAAAAAAUACUCCUGUGCUAAUUUUAGUUGUCAGAAAUGACGAAUCGUUCCCGAUUGAGGUGUCUCUAAAAGAUGAUUUCGGUGGGCUAAUCUAUACGCAGGAGGUGAAGGUCGGUAAGCACGAAGAGGCACCAGUCGAAGUACGUAGAGGUUACAUUCGUUACAAUCAGACAAAACCUGUCAUAGCGACGUUUAGUGUAACGUUACUAUCUCCAACACGAAUCGAACAAACCAUAACAUCGUGCCCUGUUAAGCUCGCGCCUACCGGCGCAGAUCUCAGGCCAGAUAUAGAUUGUGUGGUAUGGCUCGCGGAAAAGGAGCUCAUAUUUACAAUGUUCCACAUGGACGAACGUGAUCAAAGGAAGCCUUCGUCGUGGAAAGACGUCCUUAGGAUUUCCGCCUGCCAUCGAAUCUCGGACUUUGUUCAGAUCACAAAAGAACGAGAUGACCCAACUAAAGUCGUGCUGCGCAUCUCUAGACCGCCCAGGUUGGCUGUUGGGCGGUUGAUUUUUUAUCGACGCAAGGAUGGACCAAGGGCUUUCCCAUAUGGAUUCCGCUAUGCAAUUCUACCGCCUGAGAAACCGUUUCUGAUUUGGGACUCUGCUUCGGCGAAUGCCACUUCACGUGUAUAUCAAUUGCCCCCCGAUGGAAAAGUUCGCGUGUCAAAUGUAGGUAGAUGCGCCGUAUUUGUUGUAAUCAGCAAUGAAGCCUGUGAUCGGGGUCGAAUUAUUGCCCCUGGUGUAACCGCCAUACUCUUCCUUCAACGACCUUCUCGGAUUAUCUACGGAUUAGAGUGCUGGCGUAGCCUUGUACGCUAUCGGACAGCUCCUUAUUACGAGGGAAUUCAGGCAGAAAUCGCUAGCGAAGACCUGCCGCUUGGCUUCGAGCCCCAAUAUUUAAUGGCAGAUUUUUAUGAGGAGUCCGAGGAGUCAAUAGUCGACAAAAUUAUAGCCGAAAAGAUUCCAGAUGAUUUCGACACACUUUUGAGUCUUUACCGUCUGUUUAUGUCAACUGUUGAAGAAAUUCAUAUGAAGAAUUGUGAGUCGGAUGCAAGCACUUUCGUUGCCCCCACGUCACCAGUCUCAUGAAAUAAAGUUUAGGUCCGUCAAUCCCGUACAUAAGCCCUCUUGUACCGGAUACAGAGCAGGCUAACGAAAACGUUAUAAAUAAAUGCAAUAGUUUUGUUAUUUAUUGAAUUGAAUGUACUGUGAUUCAUGUCGAUUUCGCACGUACUUACGUUUUUUCACCUUGUGUAUAAUAACGUCCGGCGUUAUUGUUAGGAGGGGUGGUUCCCUACCAGCUCCCGAAAAUAUUAUGA